AGCUUUGCCUCUUUAUCGCCGCUUCUCAGAGCAAGCGAAUUCGUGACGUAAGACGCUGGUCGCGCGGCCUUCGUAUGUUACGCACGGACGUGCUUGCGUGAGACCGCGGGUAGCGUCCCUCCUUGCCCCUCCGAAUGAAAGGGAAGGUCCCAGCGAGCGAGCGUUUCUAGAGCAAGCCGUAGUAGCGGCGGCUCCGGCUUUCCCUGCAGGGGCUGCCUCGCCCCUCCUCCAUCCAUCUGGCCGGAAUCCUGUGGAAGAAGUCACUGAUCGACAGUUUGCAAUUUGCCAUAAGGAUUGAAGUGGUGUUCUUUAAGCCAUUUUAAAAAUCAUGUCGGGCUCAGUUGGACAGAAAAAAGGGUCUGGAAGACAGCGCAAGUGUGGCUUCUGUCGAUCCAAUAAAGAUAAUGAAUGUGGGCAGCUUCUGAUGUCUGAAAACCAGAAGGUGGCAGCACACCACAAAUGUAUGCUGUUCUCAUCUGCCUUGGUAUCUUCACAUUCUGAUAAUGAGAGUCUUGGAGGCUUUUCCAUUGAAGAUGUGCAAAAAGAAAUAAAGAGAGGUACCAAGCUGAUGUGUUCAUUGUGCCAUUGUCCAGGGGCAACCAUUGGUUGUGAUGUAAAAACCUGCCACAAGACCUAUCACUACUACUGUGCAUUGCAUGAUAAAGCUCAAAUCCGAGAAAAACCCUCCCAAGGCAUUUACAUGAUAUUGUGUCGAAAACAUAAGAAAACAGCACACAACUCAGAAGAUUUAGGUGAAGAUGUUAAUGAACAUGAAUUGGAGCCAUCCCCUCCCAAAAAGAGGGGGCGUAAAGGAAGACCCAGAAAAAUGAAUCUCAAAGGGCAGUCAGAAGACACUCGAUCGACAUCUUCACAUGGCACAGAUGAUGUAGAAAGCAGCUCUUAUAGAGACAGAUCACCUCACAGAAGCAGUCCCAGUGAUACAAAACCUAAAUGUGGAUUCUGUCAUGCAGGUGAAGAAGAAAAUGAAGCUAGAGGGAAGCUUCAUAUAUUCAAUGCCAAAAAGGCAGCUGCGCAUUAUAAGUGCAUGUUGUUCUCUUCUGGCACUGUACAACUGACAACAACAUCCAGGGCAGAGUUUGGUGACUUUGAUAUUAAAACUGUACUUCAAGAAAUCAAGCGAGGGAAGCGAAUGAAGUGUACACUCUGUAGUCAGUCUGGCGCAACUAUUGGAUGUGAAAUCAAAGCUUGUAUCAAGACUUACCAUUACCACUGUGGAGUGCAAGACAAAGCAAAAUAUAUCGAGAACAUGUCUCGAGGAAUUUACAAGCUGUACUGUAAAAACCAUAGUGGGAAUGAUGAAAGAGAUGAAGAGGAUGAAGAGAGAGAGAGCAGAAGCCGUGAAAAGUCUGUAGCAGAUCACAGUGGAGUUCCGCAGCAGCAGCUCAAUGGAAAUUAGGUAUGGAAGCUCUCAGCUGACAGCCAUCUACCUGAGAUGCCGCUGUGCCACUGACCUAAUUGUUAAGAGUGGUAAGACAUUUUAAACUGAGCAUAAUGCCAAUAAAUGAGGGUUUUUUAAAAAAAAACUGGAGUCCUGUUGCACAAGAACUGGGGUUAUUUCUCAAAUUCAGCUGACUUUGUAAGAAAGGCCCUUGCUUUUGCCAAUAAACAUAGUUGUAAUGUCCAAUUGGGUAAUAUGCUUUCCUCUUUUAUUUUUCUGCUAUCUUAACAUUUACUCUUUUUCCCAUCGUCUUUUUAUUUUUAAACAGGUUCAAGGGACAGUAAAACUGGGAAUGAAUAAAACAUCCAUAACUGCUAUUUUUUUUUAAAGAAAGAUGCUUUAUAAGGUCAGGGAAGGGUUAGUGACUUUUUUUACCCUGCCCAACUGUUAAAAACUGUCAUUGAACUGCCUGAAAUGUUCAUGUGUGUGAGCCUUCAACAAGUGGCAGAGUUUUUUCAUGUCAAUAUAACAUAGUUAGUUGUCUGCAGUGUCUGGAGGAAAAAAACCUUGAAAUGCUAUAUAAAUGAUAUGUAAUGUGUACAGUGUCAAAGCUGAGGCAGACAUGAAAAUACUAAAUUCUCUUUUCUGGACUGACUACAGUUUGGGAUGUGUAAAUUCUUUGGAUUUGUUUACCAUGGGAAGGUCUUAUGUUUAAUUUACAAAGUGGACAUGUCUCUGGUGGCAGCAGGUUGGUAAACAUGUGCAUUUUUGCAUUGACCUUUACACACAAACCAUGGAGGUGAGCUAGGAGGGAAGGUACUGUUCCCCCCCCUCUUUUUGCAGAAGCACCCUGUCAAGUAAAGAAUUCUGCAGCUUCAGAAGUGUGCUUAAACCAUUUGCUGUGGUAAUGGUUUCUACUGCCCAGCAUUCCUAGCUGGAGACUAUGACAUAUGAGCUUCAGUACUCAUACCAAAGGGCUGUAGUUCAUUCUCUUGACCCUGACCAUCUUCCUCCUUGGCCUGUUCCCUGCUUUACCUAGAACCUGUGGCAAAUUGCAACUGAAAAUGAGUAUGGUCAUGUUCGGAAGCUGCAACACCCCCUCCCCUUUCACCUCACUUCUUAAAUUUCAAAGUUACUGCUCAGCUAUCACUAUGGAAGUUAGCCACCUUAUUGGACAUCAUACCUCAAGUGCUCUGUGCUGCGUGGAACACAUCAUGUUUUGUCCCAAAUAUAUAUAUAUACACACACAGAUCCUGUAUGCUGUAAGAAGAAUGCAGAAUAAGACUCUGGAUUUUCUUUGCUUUUUGUUUUUACAAACAAAGAGGUCAGUAUUUAUUUUGAGUCUUGUGACCACUAUAUGAGAAUGUUUUAGUCUUUGAUUAAGGUUUCCUGGCAAAUCAGCAAGUUGAAUGCUGUUAAAAAUCUACCAAGUGCUCUAUUGGAGUCUAAUUAGCUUGACAUUAUGCCAAGUCUAAACAUCCCAGUUAUAAUAUCAUAAAAUCCUGGUAUUUCUUUACCUCUAGUAGUUUCUCCCAUUGGUCUAGUAAACUGUUUUACACACAACCAAAAAGUCUUACUAGUUAGCAAGCUAGCAAAACUCACUUUAGAUUUUAUUAUCUUUUGAAGUCUUCUAAAAGUAAUGCAAUACAGCAAAUGAAAAUAACAGUGACAAUUUGAUGGAAAAGUGACAGGCAUUUACUUGCAAUCAACACUGCAAAAUAUUUUCAUGAUACGAUCUGUGUUUCUGAAGCCUUGUUUAAUUUUGUGGUCUUUUUAUUUUUAACCUUUUAUCAUCCUUUUUUGUAAUGCAUUUCAUUAUUGUCUCAAGGGACUCAACUGUUGUAUAAUAGAACUUCAAAGACUCAAGUUGGAAUUCAAUCCAUUUGGUUUGAAAAUUUCCUGGAAGAAUUCGGAUUUAGCAGAAAAGUUGUGUAUAAAAAAAUAAAUCAAUUAACUGCCCGUAUGCCAUUGACCAAUUUUUUUUAUUUUGUAUUGUAACAGUCAAGAUUAAAGGCGCAACUUGUACUGAAAUAGAUUUUUAUCAGGGUGUGCGCUCUUUCAAAAGCAUGAGUUGUUUGGGGGGAUUUUAAAAGUCAUGUAAUGUUUCAGAAUACAAACAUCUCUUUUACUAUAUUA